AUGUCUAUUCGACACCUCGAGACCGCGCCCCAGGCCUCUGACUUCACCCCGCUUCAAGAGCACCAGGAGCAGACACCAGCUACUUUCUUUGGCGCAAAGCCAGUCACAUACGCCAGCUACUCUGGUGUCACACUCUCAGCGCCAUCAUCACAACUGCAACAAGAUCCUGUAUUCGCCAAGUUCAGCACUACAACAGACGGAGACGAGACCCUGAUCAAGGAUGUAGACAUUUGGGUGACUUCAGAAUCUCUCAUUUUCUUCCAGACUGCUCCUACACCUACCGGCGCCGCGAUCACCUACCCCACCGUUGCCCUGCACGCUACCAUGAAGUGGAGGUCCACAAUCGAAGCCCUCUACAUGAGCCUCUCUCUGAACGACGCCGAUACUGUCAAUGACGAAGAAGAUAUCCAGAGUCUUGAGCUCACCGUACUGCCACCAAACUACGCCACCGCUCCAGAUGGCGCGUGCAUCAAGGACAUCUUCAGCGCGAUGAACACAUGCGCGGAUCUCCACCCAGAUCCCAACGAUGACGACGAGGGUGACAACAUUGAGGACGAUCUGAGCGCGCCUGGAGCUAGUGGGUGGAUCACGGCGGAGAACAUGGAUCAGUAUGUUGACGAGGAUGGGAACUUCAACGGGAUGGUACUCGGAGAGGAGCUUGGACCCGGUGCAGGGACGGUGAGACAGAGGGAUGAUACUGAAGCGCCGAAUGGGGUCAAUGGAGAUGAGGUCAAGUGGAGCAGGACUGGGUAG